GUGUUGUCUGUAUUGUUGGUUGUGUUUAGUGUUGUUGUUGUUGUUAUUGUUAAGUUGUUUUUUGUUGUUGUCACUGCUGUUGUCGUUACCGUUGUACACUUUUAGACCAAGAGAAGCACAAAUUCCAAUAAUGAUGGAUGCCAAAGAAGCAGCAAUAUCUGUAAAAGAUUACUAUGCAGCACUUAAAAAUGCCUUAAAACCUUAUAAAUUCGAUCGACAACCACCAACGCCACAACUUUUGAUAAAAGCCCAAACAACAGCCAAUGAUCUUCGCUCUGUUUUACCUCGUGACCGGAAGGGCAGAGCACUACCUUAUCCAAGAUAUCGACCAAAAGAAGAAAUCUACAGGAAAAAUGAUUUCGGAAAGACGGAUUCCCACGCCAAAAAUGCACCAAAGAACUUGUUGACGACUGAACUAGAAGAACUUGUCCAAUAUUUAAUUUCGCCAUUUGCUAAUGAUGAAGUUGCCAAAGUCCGAGUUAUUUUCCGUUGGAUUACCGAACAAGAUUUGGAGUCGUAUCAGAUUCAAGGCAAUACACCGAUUAAUAGUCCGGCCCGUUACUUAAAUGAGCUAAAAGAAAGUAAAGGCCGCUACGAUAUAUUCUUCAACGACAUGUGUCGGCUUGCCGAUAUAUCCUCAGUUUCAAUACAAGGCCAUUCGAAAGGAGUUGGGUUUAAUGUUGGUGACCCUCUUACCCCAAGCACGAGAAACAUCUGGAACGCAGUUCUUAUAAAAGACACAUGGUACCUGAUUGAUGUUCACUGGGCAUCGCGCAAGAUAUCUGGAGUGGAAUCUGAAGAAUGGCAAUUGGUUGAAUGCCAACAAGCAAACAGCAGCGAUAUAGACGACUCCAUCGUCCAGAAUAUUUAUGAGUUUGACGAGUUUUAUUUCUUGACUGAUCCAGAAAAAUUUAUAUAUAGUCACUUUCCCGACGAAGAAAUUUGGCAGCUACUAGCACGACCUUUAACGAAAAAUGAAUUUCAGAAAGCUCUUUAUCUAAAGCCUCAUUUCUUUGAGUUUGGUCUCACAGUCAAAAGCCACGUUUGGUGCAGUCUUCAAUCUGUAGAUGGUCUUGUCAACAUUGAACUUGGUGUUACACGUACUGACUUGUCAUUCUCUUUUGAACUCUACAGAUCAAACAAAAUUGGCAACCCCGACGACAAAAAAGAACUUGCAAAAUACAUGUUACUUGAAAGGGACAUUGAAAAUAAAAAAUUAUGUAUCGAAGUAAGAUUUCCUAUUAUUGGAAAGUUCAAAGCUGAAAUCUUUGGACGAGAUUCUAGGAGCAAACUGGAAUGGCUGUGUUCAUACGUUCUCUAUUGCAACUCUCCUCUGUCGGAUUGUUCUCCACUACCACCGAACCCCAAAGCUGAGUGGGGUCCUGGAAUGCAUUUGUUUAAUUAUGGCAUUACACCCAUAACUCAUUUGAGAGGUAAAAUUGAUGUCUACGAUGGAGAAGUGGAGCUAAAGUUUGCUUUGGAGAAAAACGUGGAUCUUUUACAUAGACUAGUAGCUGAAGACGAAGAGGAGAUUCCUGAUCAUAUUCUCUGUGAAAUAGUAAAUGGAGUUGCUACGGUGCUUGUAAGACUCCCUAAAAAAGGUCAGUAUGCACUGCAAAUGUAUGCCAAGAACGACCCAAAUGACAACGAAUUCUCCAAUAUUUGCAAUUACAUGUUGAGAUGCAACGAGGGCCUGGGUGUUGUAUACCCUUACCCAUCGGUGACAAACGACAAAGUUGGAUCAAUGGGAAAGUUCCAUUCGUUAGGUCUCCACUUUGUCGAAGAUGCCCCUGGAUAUCAAAGAAUCUCCACUACUGGCCAGUGUUCUUUUCAAAUUAAAAUCCCAGCCAAUAUUGAUUACUUCAGUAAGCUUAUUCACCAAUCAGAGAACACUUUGAAUGACGUUUCUGAUUAUACAUACUGUUAUCGAGAUGGAGAUAUCGUAAGCUUUGCCAUAAGAUGUUCGUUGCCUGGAUUUUACCGCUUUGAUCUAUUCGCCAAACUUAACACAGAGGACGGUGGCUACCCAAAAGUAUUCUGUUCAGUUCUUGAAACUUUUUGGCCAAUGGCUGAAUGUUUACCAUACCCACAGAAAUACUCAGCUUGUAAGGAUACAUACAAUAUCCUUUCACCAUCUGUGAAUCAACUAGCAGAAGGUCAGAAUAUAAAAAUGGCCAUCGUCGUUCCAAAUGCUGAAUCUGUUGCUACAAUCGAAGACCAAAGCUGGACAUACUUAGAGAAAGGUGAAAAAGACAAAUGGACUGGAACCAUUGUUCCAAAAGCUUCUGGGAAUAUCAUUUCCAUAGCUGCCCGACAGUCCAGUGCUGUACGCUCCUUUGAGGCAUUAGUCUCCUUUGAGGUUGUUCCAGCUCAUGUUUUGAGAGAGGAGUUCCGCAAGCAAAGAGCGUCUCGUGAGAAUGCUGAACAGGAGUAUUUAGAGCAUAUCUCUCGCAAAAAACACCUGCAAAGCAUGCGCAAAGAUCGGUCAAUGAUUCAUAUGAUUCAACGAAUGGCAAAGAUGAAAUUACAGAAUUUAAAUGAGGAUCACUUGAAGCUGAUGGAUCAGCAGUUGGAUAAUGAUGCUAUUCUGCAACUGGACCAAUGCUUGCCUGAAGUCCCACAACAUUUAACGCAAAAUGGUACUGAAAACACUGUUGAGAGAGAUGUAGCAUAUGGUGAUGUGUUAGAGAAUCACAAUUAUGAAAGAAAUGGAAAUGAUGCCCUUGUUGAUUUUCUCAGUGAAGUCAAUGACAGGCAGUUAAAUAAAGCAAUACUUGACAAUGGACCUGUCAAUGGAAAUGAAAAUGACGAUUAUAAUCUAGGCAUGUCACCGUUAAAAAUGAGACCAUCCAUCAAAAAGCGAACACUUCCCAAAAUUGACAUAAAUUUAAAUGAGCUUGAUGGUGUUAAUGAUAGUGAUGAUGACAGUGAUGAAGACUAUGAGAACAAUGCCGGCAAUCACUCGGAGUAUAAUCUUGAUUUUGAUAAACAUGGUGUCAGACUGACGCCUAUUUCAGAAAAAGAAGAAGAAAUUGAUGAUUUCUUUAAAAGCACUCUAACUCAGAACCAGAAUGGUCCUGAGUCUGAUGAAUCUGAAGAAAGUGUUGACAAUGUGAGAGAGGCAGUAGAAGAGAUAAUAGGAGCAGAGACUGUUGAACGGGUAAACGCCUAUCCAUCUUUGGAUGACAGCGAAGACAGUUUAGUCGAAAGACUAUCAGAACUACGAGGGAAAGAAGUAAACCCAAAAGUUCCCUUGAGAGUGAAAAGAAACCUGGAAGAAAAAGUAAAAGAGGAGGAGAUUAUUGUAAGAGAAGAGCCAAAGAAACAAGAGGAUCUUACAGAGAAACUGCUCCAACAAGUAGCUUCUAUUGAAAGAACAAUUGAAGAAGAUGAGAUGGCAAUUCAAAAUUUCCACCUUGGAGCAGCAUCAGCCCCAAAAGACGAUCAAUCCUUUCUCCGGCAUCGAACAACAGCAACAUUGUCAAAUUAUUCCACACCAAAUUUACCAGACAAAGAGAAGUCUCACACAGCACCAGUAUCAGUGCAAACUCAAACAGACAAUGAAGAAGUCUCACUCACAGUGGUUUUGGAGAACUUCAUUUAUGUUUUUGCGAUUUUUAGUCUCUUAUGGAAACUUGCAGGACUAUUAAGUUUUGAACAUACAAGCAGCUAGAAGUCAAGACUUAUACACGUUUUCUAAGUAUGCACAUGAAGACCUUUAGAAAGUCGGAAUUCAGGAUCUAAUUUGAAUGGUCUGUUGAUAGAUAUCUGCAGAAGAUAAGGAAAUAGUAACAAACUACUUGGCUGACCAAAAGAUUGAGAUUCAAAUGAUUUACUAAGUAUAAUUAAUAAUAUAUUGAUAUCGUUCAUUUUUUUUUUUAAUCCUUGCUCCCUUCCAAUUCCUGUCUAUUAUAUUUCAUUGUUGGUUUAGUAAUUAUGUUAAAAUUUCACUUAUAAAAUCUGACACUUAAUGGUUUCCACACUUCCAGUUAUUUUUAUAUCACUUCACUUUCAUCACCAAGCCCUUCAAUGUAUAAAUAUCAUACAUUGUCAUUUCCCUUUUGUCUCUGAAGCUGAAAUUGUGUCUAGGGAAGAAACUCAUAACUUAGUUUUGUAGUAAGUUAAGCUACAAGUAUAUGGGAAAAAAAAAAUGGAAGUUAUUGCGACAAUCACUUGUGAUACUGUUGUUUCAUCUUUUUUCAUUAUUACUUUGCUUAUAAAACAAUUUCGAAGUAGAAAAGUGUUGAUUCCCUUAUCUAAAAUAUGCUUUUUCAGAUACUGAAAGAGUUCACAUUCAUCAGACACAAUGAAAUCUUGUAUUUACAUUUGAUUCCUUGGUUAAAAGAGUAAAACCUACUUUUUGAGAAUCAUAAAUGAUGUGUAUCUUCUAAUUACAAUUUUCUUUCUUUUUUUUUGGUUACUUUUACAGGUAAAAUUCUAAUCAUCUAAUUGUUAUUCACAAAUCAGUACAGCAAUGUAAUAUUUCUGCUUUUGUUUGUUUUUUUGUAACCUUUUUCAUGAGCUGUAAUAAUAAUGUGCUUGUAUUCCUUUAUUAACAUAAAAUUUAUUCAUUUUAUAAUUUCAACCAAGUGCCAAGAAAUCAAAAUAAUUUUAUAAUUUAGAAAUUUAUUUAUAACUAGAUUUUAUAGCAAAUAUUUUUCCUUUACAGAACCCAUGUUAGCAUGGAAAGCGGACGUUAAACUUUAAAAAGUAUAUGUCAUAUAUCUUAAUUUAUGUCAGUUCAAGUUAAUUUUCUUCCAGAAUUUUGAUUUUGACAGUAUUUUAAACCUCUUGUCAAAAGGUGGUGUAAAUCUGAUAAUGUUUGGACAGAUCAUAACAUGCCAACUGUAAAAACCCUGUAUAGGAUACAUGAUGUCACUAAAAAAAGGAUUAAAGAAAUACAUUUGUGACACUGUUAUUAAAAAUAAUCCCAGUUUGGGGCUGGGGUACAAAUGUUUGUUUAUCUUUCCUCAAAUUAAUCAUUACAUUAAAAAUUAUCACCUAAAUUGUAUAACCGUGUAAUAAUUUUUUGCAGUAAAUAACAAUUCCACACUC